UUUAUUUUGAGAGCAGGGAGUACGUCCUUCACGGCACCGAUGAAAAGGGCGGCGCCGCCCUUUGCCCCACCCCCUCGUCCAGACAAUGAUGGCAAGACUCUCGCAGGAACAGUGGAUGAGUUUGCUUCUUGGGAAGCUGCAGCAAAAACCCCCAUGGAACUCAGAUUACAGUCAGGUGAGUGCUGGCGGGGAUGGAAUUUUGGUGCCAAACGGUCAGUGGCAGGCGAAGUGGUUUUCUGCACAGCAAUGAUGGGAUAUCCGGAAUCCCUCACAGAUCCAUCAUUCGCAGGUCAAAUCCUUGUUUUGACCUAUCCCCUAGUGGGAAACUAUGGCGUGCCGCCAGAUGAGAAUGAUGAACUGGGCAUUCCAAGGUAUUUCGAAGGUAGCAAAAUCUUCCCUGUGGCCGUGGUGGUGUCCGAGUAUUCCUUCGUGGCAUCGCAUUACUCUGCCGUGAAGAGCUUGUCCCAGUGGCUCGAAGAGCACGAAGUGCCGGGUAUUUUUGGAGUGGACACUCGUGCGAUCACCAAGCGACUUCGAAUGGAAGGUUCAGCCCUUGGUGCCGUGGUGAUGGGAUCGGACUCAGCACCUGCUUUGGUGGAUCCGAACCUACGAAACCUGGUGGCUGAAGUGUCAGUGUCCAGCCCCAAACUGUAUGUGCCACCCCAAGAUGACGACGGGGAUGGUAGUGAUGCUCCUUUGGUCAUAGCAGUUGAUUGCGGCAUGAAGUUUAACAUUGUGCGCUUCUUUGUGUACUACCUUAGAGUGAGACUCAAGGUGGUUCCGUGGAAUUAUGACUUCUCCAAAGAGGAAUUCGAUGGGCUCUUCAUUAGCAAUGGGCCUGGCGAUCCAGAGAAGUGCGAUGUGACAGUGAAGUGCUUGCAGCAAGUGAUGAAAGACCGGCCUCGUUUACCCAUCUUUGGAAUUUGCCUUGGCCAUCAGCUGCUGUCGUUGGCUGCGGGCUGCAAGACGUACAAGAUGAAGUUUGGAAAUCGUGGCGUGAACCAGCCCUGCAUAGAUCUGCGAACUGGCAGAUGCUACAUCACAUCGCAGAAUCAUGGCUUUGCUGUGGAUGACUCCGAUCUGCCUGAGGGAUGGCACUCUCUUUUCGUCAAUGCCAACGAUGGCUCCAACGAGGGCAUCGCACACAAGGAGAAGCCGUGGCUUUCAGUUCAAUUCCAUCCAGAGGCUUGCUGUGGUCCAGUUGACACUGCAUUCUUGUUCGACGAAUUUUUACGCAUCCUGAGGGACGCCCAAGGAAGAAGCUUGACGACCAUCAGCUACAAGCACCCACAAGCCAUUACGAAGGUGUUGGUGCUGGGAUCUGGAGGUUUGACCAUUGGCCAAGCAGGAGAGUUUGACUACUCUGGAAGUCAAGCCAUCAAGGCUUUGCGCGAACAGCACGUACAGUCAGUGCUGAUCAACCCGAACAUCGCCACAGUGCAGACAUCCAAGGGCUUGGCGGACCAGAUCUUCUUCGUUCCUGUCACGCCAGAAUUUGUUACAAAGGUCAUUGAAAAGGUCCGACCUGAUGGUCUUUUUGCCGCCUUUGGUGGACAAACUGCCCUGAACUGUGCGGUGCAGCUUCACAGAAAUGGUACUCUGAAAAAGUAUGGAGUGAAGGUUCUGGGUACUCAGAUCGAUUCGAUUGUGGCCACCGAGGAUAGGGAUGUUUUCAAGGCCGGUGUUGAAAGCAUCGGCGAGCAGUGUGCUCUGUCUGCCUGCGCUGAUACUGUGGAAGAUGCGAAGAAGGCUGCAAAGGAAAUUGGCUUCCCAGUCUUAGUGCGAGCCGCCUUUGCCCUCGGUGGCCUCGGUAGUGGCUUUGCAUCCAAUGAGGCAGAGUUGGACGUGCUCUUGGAGAGGGCAUUCGCCAACUCCUCACAGGUGAUCAUCGAUGAGUGCCUCAAGGGAUGGAAGGAGUUGGAGUAUGAAGUCAUGCGUGAUUCCAAGGACAACUGCCUGGUGGUGUGUAACAUGGAGAACCUGGAUCCCAUGGGCAUUCACACCGGCGAGUCCAUCGUUGUUGCGCCCUCCCAGACGUUGAGCAAUGAUGAGUAUCACCAUCUUCGUGCGGUUGCCAUCAAGGUUAUUCGCCACUUUGGCAUUGUGGGUGAAGCUAACAUCCAAUAUGCAUUGGAUCCAUAUUCCAAACGCUACCGAAUUGUGGAGGUCAAUGCCAGACUGUCGCGAAGUAGCGCAUUGGCAUCGAAGGCGACCGGCUAUCCCUUGGCAUACGUGGCUGCCAAGAUCGCAUUGGGCCACGACCUGGUCAGCCUCCGAAACUUGGUGACGCGCUGCACCACGGCCUGUUUCGAACCCUCCCUGGACUACUGCGUGGUGAAGAUUCCUCGCUGGGAUAUCGACAAGUUUCCCACGGUGGAGCGCACCCUGGGGACGCAGAUGAAGUCUGUGGGCGAGGUGAUGUCCAUCGCAAGGUCCUUCCCGGAAGCCAUUCAGAAGGCUUUGCGAAUGGUGAACGAAGGUUCAGUGGGCUUUGAUGAGUCUUGGUAUCUUCGUGCUCGGACAUCAGCUGGAACCUCCAAAGAGAACAAUGUGGAGGAGGAGAUGAGAUGUGCCGGUCCGUUGCGGCUUUGGGCCAUCGCCCAUGCCUUUAACACUGGCUACUCUGUUGAGAAGGUGCACGAGAUCACUCGCAUCGACAGGUGGUUUUUGGGCAAGCUCUUCUCAGUUCACCAAGCACGAAAACGAAUGGAAAGUAUGGGAAGCCUUUCAGCGUUGAAAGAGGCCGGCCCAGAGUUCCUCCUCCGUGUCAAGCAGUUGGGCUUCUGCGACAGGCAAAUCGGAAAAGCCGUGAAGGACACCGAUCUGGCCGUCAUGCAGUUGCGCGCGGGCUGGAACGUGAGGCCUUGCGUGAAGCAAGUGGAUACUCUUGCAGCUGAAUUCCCAGCACAGACGAACUAUUUGUACCUGACCUAUGUUGGUUCACAGAACGAUGUGGUUCCCCUGAGAACUGAGAAGCUGGCGGCUCACAAGGACUCUUUGUAUGACACUGCCUUUGGCAAGGGCCGUUUGCAAGAGGAAAGCGGCUUCAAUCUACCCACCAAGAAGUCAGGUGUGCAACGAGUGCAGACUUCGCCUUCGUUUAGCCCCAGGAAAAGCGCGAUCAAGACUGAGGAGCCCCCCCCACCACUGGACCUCAACGGAGAAGCACAGAAGCCUUCGUUCAUUGUACUUGGCUCGGGAUGUUAUCGCAUCGGUGCCUCUGUGGAGUUUGACUGGAGCUCUGUGAGCGCUGUGAGGACCCUGCGAGAAACCGGACAUCGAGCCAUGGUGAUCAACUGCAACCCAGAAACGGUCUCCACGGACUACGAUGAGAGCGAUCGGCUCUACUUCGAGGAAUUGACGCUGGAAACCGUUUUGGAGAUUUGCAACUUCGAGCAGCCAGCCGGCACUAUUGUGUCUGUUGGUGGACAGACGCCCAACAAUUUGGCGCCAAAGUUGGACAAGAUGGGCAUCCACAUUCUGGGUACCGCUGCGCAGAACAUCGACCGCGCUGAGGAUCGCUCCAAGUUCUCGGCCAUGUGUGACGAGCUGGGCAUUGACCAACCCGAAUGGUCCGAGUUCGUGAAGAUGGAGGAAGCUUUGAGUUUUGCCCACAUGGUGGGAUUCCCCGUGCUGGUGCGUCCCUCCUACGUCCUGUCCGGCGCAGCUAUGCGAGUCAUUGACAAUGAGGAUCAGCUGAAGGCUUUCCUUGGCACCUCAGCGGUUGUGGAGCAGGAGUUCCCUGUGGUGAUCUCGAAGUACAUCGAGCAUGCCAGGGAGAUCGAGUUUGAUGGCAUCGGUCGAGAUGGCCAAGUCAUCAACUAUGCAAUCUCCGAACACGUUGAGGAUGCGGGAACACACAGUGGUGAUGCCACCCUGCUGCUCCCAUCGCAGCGUUUGCACCUAGAAACUCAUCGCCGGGUGAUGCACAUCGCAUCUCAGUUGUGCAAGGCUCUCAACAUUUCUGGACCCUUCAACGUGCAGUUCAUGUCCCAGGAAGGUUCCAGCAGUUCGGUGCGAGCAGUGAAAGUCAUCGAAUGCAAUGUCCGAGCAUCCAGAACGGUACCCUUUGUGUCCAAGACACUCAACGUGAACUUCAUCGAGCUGGCCACUCGUGUGAUGCUGAAGCAGGACGUGAAGCCCAGCCCAGUCUACCUCUACGAUUUCGAAUUUGUUGCCUGCAAGGCUCCCAUGUUCUCUUUCCAGAGACUCAGUGGCUCUGAUCCCCACGUUGGAGUAGAGAUGCAGAGUACUGGUGAGGUUGCAUGCUUCGGGCAAAAUGCCAACGAGGCCUUCCUGAAAACCCUGAUCGCCAGCGGGGUGAAGGUGACCUUUGAACCUUGCGGGAUUCUCCUGUCGCUGGGGCCGCAGGACCACAAGGAGACAAUCUUGAAGUACCUGCCUUUCUUGGAUGAGAUGGGUUUCAAGAUCUAUGCUACCACUGGGACUGCUUCAUACAUAGAGGCGAAUGCACCGAAGCGGAAGGGCCAACGGAUAAGCGUCAGCCCACUGAGCAAUGCUGUGACUCAGAAGAGACCCAACGUCAUGUCAGCAAUGGCGGACAAGUCGGUGAAGAUGGUCAUUUGCACUCCUUCAUCUAGGGAGUUCCCCCGGCUUGUUGAUGUGGGUUUGUCUGAAAAUAGAGCACCCCAACACGCAUCAAAAUCCCAGUGGUUCAUCAUAUUUGUUUUCUUCAUUGAAUGGCUGUAAAUGGGGGGGAUUCGCCCAUUUUUGGACAUGUUUCUGACAUUUUGGAGCAGCUUCGCGAAACAAGCAGCAACCCAGGCUAUAUCCAAUCCUGCCUGUUGUGGUUUCAGGAUGUUUUCAGUGAGGUAUCUUGACGUGCUUCACAUGUAUUCAUUAUAUCCUGGCCGACAUAUCAUCAGCAUUCUUUGAACACAUAUCAACAGUACAGGGGUAGGGUCUGUCAAUAUCCGGGACCCUUCAAAUGCAAGGUCGACAUCUCACACUGUAACUUCGGUGCAAGAACUGUGGAACAAGUGUGUGUUGCAUGCGGCACCUUGCGUCGAAAAAAAUUGCUUUCCCUGCCAGCUCCGGUGGUGCAACCGCUGGCUAUUUCCUACGAAGGAAAGCUUUAGAAUCUCAGUUGACACUGCUAGUCAACCUUCAACAGGCAUUGAUGUUUAUUGAUGCGCUUUACGAGAAAUGGAACGUCGAACGAAAUGGUGGGGAAUUUUGGACCCUGGACUCAUGGCAAGAGUGCCACAGAAUAGGUUAGUUUCGCUGGCCCUGCCCAGCAUUUGUGUACAAUCUCUUGGCGAGUUCAACCAUUCAGCACUGAGACUUCAAGGCAGAAGGCCCAAAACAAAGGGGCUUAGAUCAAAUUUCAGUAUGGCGUGUGGC